AUGGUGCAGUCGGUCAUUGUAGUCGGCGGUGGCUACUCGGGCAUUGAGUUUGCCCAAGCCCUCGCGUCCGAGCUCCCACCCCACGUGGCCGCAAUCACCGUCAUCGACAAGAACACGUUUACGUUCCACCACGAUGCGAUUCCGCGCGCUUUCGUCGAACGAGCCUUUGUGCCCAAGCUCUUUGUGCCAACGGACCGCGCCGUGCCACAGUACACCACCAUCGUGCAUGGGCUCGUCGACGCCGUCACCAGCAAGAGCGUUCAUGUACGCAAUCUCGUACACGGCCAGCUCGACGAGCACUCGUAUCAACUGCACUACGAUUACCUCGUCCUCGCCACGGGCAGCAGCUACCCCGCACCCAUCAAGGUUCCUAAGGACGUUUACAGCAGCGACGCCAUUGCUGAUGCGAUUUACGAGGCCCACGAUCACAUUGCUGCAGCGUCGAGUGUGCUCGUCGUUGGAGGCGGCAGCGUCGGGUGCGAAGUUGCAGGUGAAAUCGCAGUGGCCUACCCGACGACCCAAGUCACUCUUAUUGAUGGCCACGAGCACUUGGUUGCUGGCGCGAAAAUGACCUCCGAGUUUCGCAGUCGAUUGAAGGCGGCGCUGGAAGCCAUUGGUGUGCGCGUAAUCUUGGGCGAGCGCCCCGUCGAACCGCUCCGAGCCCAGUCGUACACGCGGCAAACGACGCUUCUCUCAAAAGGCACGGUGGUCACAGCCGAUGUACAGCUCCUCUGCGCAGGCAUGACCCCGAACACAGAUCUGAUUGCGCAACUGGAUCCAGAUCUGGUGACGCCAGCCGGUAUCAAGGUCAAGGCCUCGAUGCAGCUCGACGACGAUCGCUACACCAACAUCUUUGUCCUCGGCGACGCGAGCAACCACCCGUCGCCAAAGACAGCCCACAUUGCGGGCGACCAAGCCGAGUUCUUAGCCGCGGGCUUAGCCCAAAAGAUGCUACACGGGACGCCGAUUGGUGCGUUUGAUGCAGGGCCCACGGAAGGUCUCAUGAUCCCGAUCGGUCCCGAGGGCGGCGUCGCGCAGCUCCUCAACGGCGUCGUCGAAGGCGCAUGGCUCGUGCAAAAGAAGAAGCACAAGGAUUACAACACGCAACGACUAUGGGUCCACUGGAAUGCGACGCUUCCAACGAUAUAA